GCAACAGGGUGCGCGCGCGCCUCUGGACGCCUCCAGGGCCCGGCCGCGGCUCAACGAAGUGCAGUCACAUGAUCGCCUCCGCACCCUCUGCGUUGGGGCGGAAGCGGGCAAAGACGCCGCCGUGGUUGCGCGCUCCCACUCGCGUGGCCCUGUCACGGCUCUCACGGUCGGGCAUGCUCCGUAGCUACACGGGAGACCGAGCUGACGCUACAGCCGGAAGUGACGCCGGCAGGGGUGGGUGGGGCGGGAGGGCUGUGAUUGUUUCGUGCGUGGGGCAUCACGUGAUCGAGGGCUAAAGGAGAAGCGGCCGCUCGCUGCCUGGGCUGUUGUUGCGGGGAUCCCGGAAGCGACCAGGGAACUUUGACAGUACAUCUGAUUUAUUUAAAAAGUUUCAAAACAUGGCCGAUGACCUGAAAAGGUUUCUGUACAAAAAAUUACCAAGUGUUGAAGGUCUUCAUGCUAUUUUAGUGUCAGACCGAGAUGGUGUGCCUGUUAUCAAAGUUGCCAAUGAUAAUGCUCCAGAGCAUGCACUUAGACCUGGUUUCUUGUCCACUUUUGCACUUGCGACAGACCAGGGCAGCAAACUAGGGCUUUCAAAAAACAAAAGUAUCAUCUGUUACUACAACACAUACCAGGUGGUCCAGUUCAAUCGGUUACCUUUGGUAGUAAGUUUCAUUGCUAGCAGCAAUGCCAAUACCGGACUGAUCGUCAGCUUAGAGAAGGAGCUUGCCCCCUUGUUUGAAGAGUUGAGGCAGGUUGUAGAAGUUUCUUAACCUUGAUGUAUCUUCACAGUGCAGCAUCUCUUCACUAUCCAGUGGGGCAAACUGAUUCAAUAAUUCUCAGCCUAUGAGAGGAAAUGCCACUUAUUGUACUAAAUAAGAAUACAUUUGUACAUAGUGCUGAAUCUGCAGUGAGAUACUAAUGUGUUAGAGAGAGACUCUUUGGCCACACAUCUUGUAUUGUGCACUACUGGAGAGACCACCAAAUGGCUCCAGUGGACCCACUUAUGAAGGAUCAGGCUUAAUAGAAUUGACCAGAGUCUGCAUUCUGUUGCUCCUGAUAAGCGAUCCCGUUUUCUUGCCAUUCAGAAUACAAAACGUUAAGUAGGAUUUACCCUCUCACUAGCCACUACAUAGUGGGGGAACAGAAUUAAUUUUCAUGGUCCUGUAAUGAACCCUUCAUUACAUGUGCUAAGAAAAAGAGGAAAUUUGUUUGCAGUCAUAGCAGUACAAUCAAUAAUUAUCCCAUAUUUUAAAUUUUUCUGAUGCUGAUUCAAAGGAAUACUACUAAUCUGAAUGUGGGUUUCCUUGGUAUAGGAGCAGGAUGCUGGUGUUUCUAUAGAAGUUACUGCUUCAAGCCUUUUCCUUAUUACUGAGUACAAGUUGCCCAAUCAGUGUUGCACUUUCUUAUAUUUCUUUUGUACAGUGUAGGUGUGAGACCCAGGUUUGUCUUUUGUUGUGGUAUUUGUGCAUAAGUUAAAGGUAACACUUCAUCUGCUUAUUUAUCUUUAGGUUUUCCUAAGCAGAUGUCUAAAUAAAACAGUAUUUUUAAAAAUGUAGUCCAAUCUGUUUUUUUAAUAUCUUCUAAAAUAUUGCUGGUAAACCUACUUUUCCAUGCAGAUAACUAUUUCCCUUGUUGCUAUGUAAAUGUACAACUUGGGGAAUUUAUGUGCUGAAAAGUAAACUGUAAAACUCAUUUAGGUCUCAUGAUUUGAAUUUCUACAUUUUUAUUAAAAAAUUGAAUUAUUUGCUGUCAAAAUGUCAAACUAUACAUGUGUGUAUGGGAUUUUGGAAGUAAAAAACCCUUUGGAGCCAUAUAAUGCCUUUUCUAAGGCAAAACUUCAUAUUUUGGUAUAGGAUUUGUGAUUUUAAAAUAGAUGGUACUGAUUUCCCUUGGCAACCGUUACUAGAACUCCAUUUCAAAUUGGGGAUGGGCUGAGGGGGGAUGUUUCUGCCUCAAAAAAACCAAACACAACAGAAGAAUACUACCUUACCAUUCAGACCUUGAAUCCCUCAGCCCACUGCCCCUCCAGUUACCUGAGCAGAAAAAAAACAGGCUUUGCAGAAUAUUUCUAAACUGAUCACAUUUGGGCUCUAACGUAUAGAACUGUUAAAUCUGCAAUUGAAGAACCUUUAUAGAGGAUGCUUUUGCCAGCUGCCUUCUUUAAGGCUCUCAUAUUAAGAGGCUUCAACUAGUGCUGAUUGUAACUGCAGAAGUAUCACAUAGAAGAAGCAGUUUUUCAGCUAGUCGAGUCUCAAAACAUCUGCAUUUUUUAAUACAAGGCAACACUUCAAAUUCCACCUAGAAAUGAAUCAGCCAUUGUAAGACCCUGAUCAACCACUAUAACAUCCUGUGUGAAGCUUCACUUGAAAAGCAGUAAGCUGUAUUCUAACCUGGCUUCAGUUUGUGUGUGAGAAAAUACUACAUUUUGUUUCCAAUAUUCUGCAAUACGGCCUUUUCUCAUGGGACAGAACUCUACUUGGGAAAUCCUAUGUGGACUCAAGUCAUCUCACCAUUAGAGAGAUGUGUAUACUGUUGACUCCACUCAGCUCUGUUGCAGUUAUCUUGUAAACCAUUCAAUUCAUUUAAAAGCUCUCCUCAUCAGAGGUGGCAUUGUUAAAUAAUUUAUUGGGAGGAAUAAAGGAUAGAACUAAUUACCUUAUAAAACUUUGCAUGUUGGCACCAUUCUACUAACUUUCUUGACUGCAGGCAUCUUAAAUUUAAGUUUAAAAAGAGAAUCUUUUAAUAGUUUAGUAAAACUCUAUUUAUUGGGGCACUUUAAAAUAUUUUUACAAAAACAUUCAACAAAUACUGUGAACAUCUAAGUUAAAACAAAAUACUACUCCUGUAAUUACACUCUGGACCCUUCCUCUAUCAUAAGAGAGUCUCUUGUUUUUCCAGGCUUAGGGUAUAUCUAGACUGCAAGGAUCUAUCAGAAAAAGAUAUGCAAAAUGCGCUCCGCAGAA